GCAUAUGAUCCUGUCCCAGUUACUUGCAUGAUGUCCCUUCUGGAAGUGUCAUACAGUUCUAGAGAGAGCAAGCAGACUGAACAACCUACUUCCUCCUAGCCACAACUUUACAGUUUAAGAUUUUAACUUUCUAUUUGGGACUUUACUGUUGAUUUUUUGUUUGGAUUAGAUAUUGCGAUUAUUUUUCUUUCAUAUUUUUGUAUUAGUUGUUUUGUGGGGGAGGAACGAACCACAGUCCCACCAUGUUCCUUGCGCUGGUGGUGACGCCAGAACUGAGGGAGUUCCUGGCCCGGGCUAGAGGGGGAGCAGUGCGCCUCAUCAAAGUCUGCAUCCAGGAUGAGCAGCUUGUCCUGGGGGCUUACAGAGAGCCAGAGCAGAGCUGGGACCAGGACUAUGACCACUUCCUGCUCCCCCUCCUUGACAACCAAGAACCCAGCUACUUCCUGUAUCGCCUUGACUCCCAAAAUGCACUGGGCUACGAGUGGAUCUUUAUCUCCUGGUCCCCGGAUCAAUCUCCAGUCAAACAGAAGAUGCUCUACGCUGCCACCCGUGCCACCGUCAAGAAGGAGUUUGGUGGAGGCCACGUGAAAUACGAGCUUUUUGGUACAGCCGAGGAGGAUGUGUGCUUGCUCGGAUACCAGCACCAUGUGAUGUCAUGCUCUGGUCCUGCUCCUCUCACCGUGGCCGAACAGGAACUGCAGAGGAUCAAAAUCACAGAGGGCAGAGUUAAACAGGUGAAAGCAGAGAUCAGCAUGGACAUAAAGCAAACACUUCAGGGCUUGGCUUUUCCUCUGCAGGAGUCUGCAAAGAGGGCACUGCACCUUCUGUCACUAAAACGUGUGAAUUACAUACAGCUGCGGUUGGACAUAGAGAAGGAGACAAUCGAACUGGUGCACUCCAAUCCAACAGAAAUCCGAGACCUGCCCCGAAGAGUUCCUAAAGACACUCCCAGAUAUCACUUCUUCCUUUACAAACACUGCCACGAAGGAGACCAACUAGAGUCCAUCGUGUUUAUUUACUCAAUGCCCGGGUACAGCUGCAGCAUCAAAGAGCGCAUGCUGUAUUCAAGCUGCAAAAGCCGGCUACUGGAAGAUGUGGAGAAAGACUAUCAUUUGGAAAUAGCAAAAAAGCUGGAGAUCGAUGAUGGUGAUGAGCUGACAGAGGAGUUCCUGUACGACGAGGUCCAUCCAAAACAGCACGCCCAUAAACAGGCCUUCGCCAAACCGCGAGGUCCUGCGGGCAAACGGGGCCAUAAACGCCUCAUCAGGGGGACGGGAGAUACUAUUCAGAACAGUUAGAGGCAGAAUGAACCUGCUCAGAUGGGCUGUGUUCAUGUCACAGACGAGGAGUGUGUAAAAAUCCCUAAUGGUGUAGAAAUGUGAAUACCACUUUAUAAUAACACCUGAAUUAGCCCGAAUGAAGCACGAACAUAGACUUAAUAAUUCAUGAUGAACAAAUACUCUAUUGAGAAUGAUUCAUGCUUAGUAACUAGUUAAUUAAGGGGUUAAGGUUUUAAAAAAGUCUGAAAGUACCAGAUUUCUUCCUGUAUUUGAGGAAAAUGUGUCUUGCUCCAGUACAGAUAUCGCGGAUAAGCAGCUCUUGAGGUCAAAAUAAGGCUGCUGCUGCUCGCUGUCUGCAUCUAAUUAUAAAAUAUUUCAUUGUCCAAUAAUAAGGAAUAAGGAAUUUGCAUGCUAGUUGUUGUUAGCUCUCAGUAUAAGUCCACUCUGUUCUCUGAAAGUUGUGAAAAGCUCUUAUAAACUCAUCGCGGUGAGUAAUUUGGAUGCUCAGAUUGCGUAAGGUAAGUGAGAAAUAACUUCUGCAAACUGUUUAAAAUCAACUAGUUCUGUUUUUAACAUUUAAAAAAAAUAUCUGUAGUAUCAGGUACAGUGCCUUUAAUAAAUGCAUGAUUCAUAAAUGAAGUCUUUGUUCAUGCUUUAUCCUGGUUAUUCAAAGUUCAAAGGAGACUUUGAACUUUGUGCCAGUUUUAAGUUUUGCCAAUAAGCCUCUCUGUUGAAAAAAUAAGCAUAAAUCAGAUCAAAACAUCCUAUUAUUGAUAGCAGUUUAUUUAUUUACAAAACUGUAACUGUCCUCACCUCAUCUCUAUUGAAAACUAUGGGCUCUUUAGAAAACUGUCACAUGAACACAGCCUGUUAGUCUCUUGGCCCAGCGCUAACCCCAAACCUUGAGUUGAUUUGAUUUCCUCGUUGUACAGACCACAGCAAAGACUUGAAAUAUGGCAUAAUGUUAUUGUUCAAUUACUGUCAUCUUUUUUCUGUUAUCUCAAAUCAUAGUGCUUCAUUUCAUCUAAUGUUUUCAUCUAAGAAUAUGACAGAGUGUGAAAAAGCUGCUGUUUUAUUCAUGUGUUUGCACUGACUUGUUGCAAAGACAAUUGUAUUCAUUUCAUGUUUUGAGUCAAAGUUUUUUAUUAAUAUUUGUAAAAAACUGAAAAAUGAAAUGACAAAUAAACUUAUUUUUACUGUGGUAUUA